AUGACCAUGUCCGUUUGUGUCCGGCUCUUGAGCGGGAGGGCGGUAGACAUCGAGGUGGAGGAAGGCUCCUCAGUGCACGAAGUGCAACAGCAGGCGCAGCAGAUGUUGGGCGUCAGGGGCAGGUUGGUGAAGAGUGAUGGGACGACCCUGGCAUCCAUGAAGUGUACAGUUCUUCAAGCUGGGCUGUCCGACGACGAGUCUCUCACCUUGCAAGCGAGUCCUGCUUUGCGCGUCCUGGCCGGAUCAUUUGCGGCAUUUGCAGGGGUUCUGAAUGACGACACUCUAGUGCUUUGGGGGGAGGAGAUGCCUUUCGGAAGUUCAGAGUAUGAGUCAGGACAACUGAAGAAUGUAUGCCAGGUGGCUGCCACAACUGACGCAUUCGCAGCCCUCUUGUGGGAUGGAUCCGUGGUGACAUGGGGCGACAAGCGGUGUGGAGGAGAUAGCUCUGCUGUCAAAGAACAACUGCGAGAUGUGAAGCAGAUCGUGGGUUCCAGGCAUGUCACAGUUCUCAAGGUGUUGCAGGCGGCCAUCAAUGCGGAAGAGCAUUCAGCUGCAGUUGCCGCAGCUGCUGCGCUGGUCGAUGCGUGGAAGCGCUUCUCCAGCACCGAGGCUCCGGCAGAUGAGUUCGUGUCGCGCCUCCACUGCGCGCGGACCUCGGAGUGA